AUGUAUCCAGAAGUUCCAAUUGCACUGAGAAUGUCCAGCCAUCUUCUGCUUGGAGUUGUCCGGAUAUAUUCAAAGCAAGUUGAAUAUCUAUACCACGACUGCAAUGUUGUACUGAUAGGGAUAAGAAAGGCCUUUUCUUCUGUUGAAAUUAAUUUACCAGAAGAUGCAUCUCAUGCACCAUUUUACUCUGUCACUUUGCCAAACACAUUUGAACUUGAUGCCUUGGAUUUGGAUGAUGACUAUUAUCAUGAUUGGUUUCAGGAUAAUCAUCUGAGGAGCCAGGAGGAGAUAACCCUCCCAGAUGAUCAAAUUCCGAUUGGGAGAGAUGCUUAUAUAGUCGUCACAUUUGAUGAGGUAGCUAUGACUACUGAAGUUAAUGAAAGGCCUAACGAAGAUAGCAUUCCUCAAAAUAUUCCUGAAAUUGAAGUUAUCCGUGAUGCCGUCCAUGACAAAAAUGUUCCAGUUUGGCCAGACCAGGGUAAUCAUGUACUUGUACCGGAUAGAACUUCAGAACAGCUGGUCAUGGAAGAGGAGGAAAUCAUUCCCCAGGUUAUGGAAGAAAUCUUGGAAUCUGGUGGUCAUUCUCUCCCAUCUCAGCAAUGCCAAGAACCACCUUCUGCUGCUUCGAAACAGGCCUCUGAGAUUUAUGACACACACAUUUCAUUUGGGCAUGUCUCACCUGAAUUGGCAAUUCAAUCUACUCCUCCUGCUGAGCAGCCAAAAGGAAGGCCAAGAAAGAGAAAGCACCACUAUGAUGAGUCCACAGUGUUGACUAAUAAGUUUAUGAAAAGGGCACUAACGGAUUCUAGUGAUAUACAGCGGGUAAGGAGGGAUUGCCCUUGCUCUGCUUUGGGUUUUUGGAAAUUAAACAAUAGAUUGAAAAAGGAAAAAGUCUUCCUUGAUCCUUUAACGUCUGGGUUGUGUGUGGAUCUGUCUAAUACUUAUCAUAAAGAUUUCAUUUCUUUGAAACUUCAGUUAGCUCACAUAGAGGAAGCCCAUCCAGAGCCUGAUAAUGCACAUUCUCCUGUUCCCAUGCCCGAAAUUGAUAUGGAAAUUGAACAUCUUCGAGAGUAUGCAAGCCCUGCUAGCAUCAAUCUUUUGUCAGAACUCCUUCCUUCUCCAAAUAAAUUCAUGUCUUCUCCAACUCGAAGAGAUGAGUUCACUCCUGCCUUCACUACCAACUUGGGGUCAGAGUCAAAUCUUCUGGGAACAACUAUUGGGACUGAAGUGCCAUCCACAUCAGACUUGGCAGCAUCUACUGGACCUGUUGGUUCUGAAAUGGAAACUCCAGUGCUUUUCUCAGAAGAGCAACUAAGUUUCAAAAACACUGGUCUUUCUGAUAUUCCUGAGCUGGUGAAGUCUGCAGGAGACCUAAAUUUUUUGGAAGAGGAGGACAAUUCACCAGCUGGAUCCCAAGGAACUCCUGAGUUUGGGUACUCGUCGGGAAUACAAAAAGGGACUCCUGAAAUUGAUGCAUUGUCUGCAAGAACAAGGGCUGUGGCUCAAUAUUUAAAAAGGCAGUCAUCAGCUGCCCCUGUCUCGGAAGACUUGUCUGGAGAUCUCAGUUUGAACAAUAUUCUAGAAGGGAAAAGGAAAAAAGUAUGUGCUCGAAUGUUCUUUGAGACACUAGCCUGAGUAGAGCACAGAAUACUCCAAGGAGUCGUCAACCAAACUCAGUUAAACAAGCCCCAGGGUUACUACUUGGAGUCAGAUUCAUAAAUGCUUCUUGAAUAAUUGAGUUGUGAUCUCCUUUUAGUAUAUUUUGUACUCUGCCAGGCCUGCAAUGUAGUA